GGAAAGCUGCUCUGAGAGUGCGUGUCUGGUGUUACUCUAGUAACUCUACCAGCACUUGUUGUUCGAUGUUCCAGUGACUCGCUACAAUCCAUUAGUUUUCUCGCAUGAACUCUCGUCCUCAUCGCCAUCGCUGGAACCGUAUGAUCGUUAUCAAGAAAUCCUCAAUUCCUUCCAUAUCUCUGGUCUUUGGGGAAGCUCAACACGUUUCGUCGUCCCAAACCGCAGCUGAGAAGCUACCUCAGAUCCUGCGCAAAGCUAAUCCUACAUCUACAUUAAGCUCGAUGUCAAAGGCUCACCCAGAGGAAUUUUUAGACGAGAUACCGGCCUCUGCUCCUUUGAGCCAGCCCACCAGUGCCCACGAAGUAGAGCAACUUGAAGUGCCGACCACUCAUAAUCAAUCGUUGGCGUCAGAAGGUUCACAUGAUAUUCCUACGCUUCGACUGCCUAGCGAGAGCGACAUAACGACCGUACAGCCAGGUGGAGAUGUGACUUCCAUAGACUUAACAGCGCCUGCUCCGUCUGAUCCUAUCUCUCUCCGCGAUACAUCCGUCACAACUUCGUCUCAUAAGUCUUCUUGGUUUGCCUCGUGGACCCGAGGAAAAGGGGAACAGUCACUUGAAUCUGGCAUCGAGACGACCCGACCCCCGAGCUCGGUGCAAGCAUCGACGAAGGGAUCCUCGAUAUCAUCGAAACCUCCACAUUCAGAUAUUCUUACCGCCUCUUCACUCCCACAUCAACCACCUGUUCUCAAUAUAACUGGAGAUGCUGCUCCACCCUCAUCCUUUCCUCAGGAUAUACCUAUACAAAUGCGUUCAGACGAUAAAAUAACUACUUCUUCUUGUCCGGCAUCAUAUAAAUGUUCUUUGUCGCCAGCAGGCCAUCAUUCUGAACCCGGCACCGCUUCCGUACCCUCGCCGCUGGAUGAGCCUCCAGCGACUCCGUCUGCUGUCCGGCAAAGCAGUGAUACAUCACAGUCUACUUUGACGCUCAAUCACUCUACCAGCCGGUUUACACUGAGCAUCCCUUUACUCGGACGACCAAAGCUCCCUCUUGAACAGACUGUUGCUGCAGCUCAGCGUGAUGACAUCACUACGAUGCUACCAGCGGAGUCAUCUCCGUCUCGCAAGCAACAAUUCACUACGAAAGAAUCCGUACCAUUUACUACGGAGACCCCUUCUGCUCCGGUCGCAGAGACGACCGAGGUGAAUAUCGCAGCAGAUACUAUAUCUCAACCUGAUGGGAUGGUUCACAAGGGUGCCUCAGGUGCCACUGAGGUUACUAACGCGCAGACAAGCACAUGACAGAACCAGUUUCAAACGCUCCUGCCAUGCCAUCGGUCUUUUCCGAUGCACCAGUUAGUGAGAUGGCGGCACAGCCAACUGCCGACUCCACCGUUGUUCCUCCGAAGUCGGAAAAUAGCGCCGAGGAGCAGAU